AUGUCGCUCCUUGAGUCCCCCCCGGCAGCUGAGGAGGGAGCGGUACCAGAGAACAAGGCAGCCACUCCAGAACACUGUUAUUUCGCGUUCGACACUCUCUACUGCGAACUCACUGGCCGCGAACGCGUCAAGCCCACGUUCCCAGAUGAGAAAUACCCGCUGUUCGUGACAUGGAAUACCCGCUCUACGCGUCCGGGACGCGCACCGCGCUUACGUGGAUGUAUCGGGACGUUCGACGCGCAACCCGUGCAUGAGGGAAUACUAGACUAUGCGAUCUACAGUGCCUUCAAGGACACGCGUUUCGCUCCUAUCGUAGCCACUGAACUCCCCACACUCGAGUGCGCUAUCUCGCUCCUAACAGACUUCGAGGACGCCUCGUCCUACCUCGACUGGACCGUCGGCAUACACGGUAUCUACAUCUCCUUCACACACCCAGCGUUAUCUGGUGUUCUCGCCGACUCAUCCGCCACACCGUCGCCGACGCCAUCAGCUCAGGGCAUGCGAUCCAGCACACGUUUCACUCGGCGCCCGUUAACUGCGACAUAUCUCCCAGACGUCAUGCCCGAACAGGGCUGGGACCAGCUAGAUGCCAUCGACAGUGCAAUCCGCAAGGCAGGCUGGGAGGGCCGUAUCACUGAGGACUUGCGGCGCAGUAUCAAACUGCGGAGAUAUCAGAGUAGUAAAUGCACUGUUAGCUACGAGGAGUUCAUAGCUUGGAGGACAGAGAAUGGUGGUGAAGUGUGAUGCAUGGCGCGCUGUACAAUUGUAUAGUCCGGCGGCCAAAUCCAUUUAGGAACGACAUUGUUUAGUUCCUUUGAUUGGACAUGAAGCAAGAAGACGAUUGUAUUAUCAAACAAUGUACUAGAUGAGAGCAAAUCAAAUCAACUUGU